GAUUGAAGUUGAUCAAGAAGAAGAAGAAGACGGAGAAGAGGGAGAGGAGAGGAGCGACAAUGGAGGAAGCAAAAGGAACAGUGAAGCACGUUCUGCUGGCUAAGUUCAAAGACGAUGUCCCUCCUGAGAAAAUCGAAGAACUCAUCAAGGGUUAUGCCGACCUCGUCAAUCUCAUCGAACCCAUGAAAGCUUUCCACUGGGGGAAAGAUGUGAGCAUUGAGAAUAUGCAUCAGGGAUUCACACACAUCUUCGAAUCCACGUUCGAGAGCACGGAAGGGGUAGCAGAAUACGUUGCUCAUCCCGCUCAUGUCGAUUUCGCCAACUUGUUCCUAGCCAGCGUGGACAAAGUAUUGGUCAUAGACUACAAACCCACCUCCGUUCAUCUCUAAACCCUUUGAUCUUUUCGUGAAUAAUGCUGCCCUGGUGUCGUGUUGCCGAGGCUUUUUCUUUCCCUUGUAUUCUCGUGUCGUGUCUUAGACUAUCGUGUGAAGGAUCGUGAGUUUUAUCAGUACUAACAAUGAAGUGUUCCAUCUUGAAAAUGUUUUGCCAUUAUUACUGCUCUCUAUAUUUGCUGCAUUGACAAUGGUGAAUGUCUGCAUAAAUCCCAUAUGCUCUGUCUCUCUAUCAGUUUGAACAUGAAUAAGGAAUGGUUUGUUUU